AAGUAGGCUUUCUGAGUUCUGCUUGGAACUCUUCUUUUAUCUCAUAACAUUUUGAAGAAAUUGUCAGUAGAACUGGCACAGACAAGCGCAGGCAGUGCAUGUCAAUGGGAAGAAAUGUAUGUGGGCGGGACAAGGCAUUCCAGUCUGUACGUGCAGCCCAGAGUGUAAGCAUGUGGACACAAGUUGUAGUUCUUUCAUUGCUACUACUGCUAACAGCUGUGCUGCAACCAUCACAGCAGAUCUUCACUGUGAACAGGAAAUCAGACCUUCUGGACAUUGUCUACCCUCCUCAGGCUCAGAGUGAAAGAGGAUUAGCACUGUGCAAAUUGAAUGCUGUAUGCAAUGUUCUGCACCGGCGCUUCUGGUUUCGCAUGCGAAUUGAGAGAAUGUGUCGCUGUCCCCACAGGUCUGAGUGUCCCAUGGAAUGGAGCAGCAAACAGGAUAAUUACACAAUGAGCCUUAGCAACCGUUCACAACUAAAAUUCUGCCAAACCAUAGCAGAUCUGCUACACUGUUCAGCAGAAAGUCAGGCCAUAACAGUGACAGAAACUGUAACACCAUCAUCAGUCUCACAAAACGUUGCUUCCAUGCCAUCAACGCAGACAACUAUUCAGGCUGCAUGCAACUGUCCACAUAAUCGCUACUGGAAGCUCCAUCAAUACUCCAACAGUGAAUCUGAGAAUGGCACUAUUUACACAAGCACCAUCUACAAAUGUAGUGAGAUAUAUAAAUGCAAUGAGAAUGAGUUCUGUGGCAACAUGCGCGCUGACUAUUAUUUCACUUACUACCAGUGUUCCUGCCCCCAUGGUCUCAUGUGUCUACAGAAGGAUCAUGAGACAUACAACAUUUCUGAAUUGCUGUAUACAGGUUCAGCAUACAAGGCAAUUUGUACCCCCAAUUGAAAGAGAUCUGGACAUUCUCCAUGGUCAUUCUGUGACAAGAAUUUAAAGAAAUGCAGUGUAUACACAUCCAUAAUGUCAUAAAAUAGAGUAUCUGUUAACAUGAUUCAUCUGAUCAGAAGAAAUGCUGACAGAUCUGAACUCAAUCAAAAACCAUAAAGGGCAUAAGGAACAGAAAAGUCUGUAAGAAGCUAGUAAGUGCAGAGGAAACUAAGAAUUAUGUUCGAAGCUUAUGUCUCGUCACCAGAAAACUGGAUUAAAUCAUAAUUUAAAGAAUUAAUAAAUCCUUUGAAAAUGUCACAAAGUUUAAGUUCUUAUAAUAAGCAAAUUGAAGUAGCACUGCCACAGACUUGCAUUCAAGAGGCGAUUGCUUCAAAUCUCGGCAUGGACACCAGUUAUCCAGACACGCAUUAUUCAUGGUUUGCUCAGCCCCUCCAAGCAAAUGCUGGGAUAGUGCUUUGAUUAGGACAUGACUACAUUCUUCAAAAUCAUUUUCAGUUCCAUCAUUCAUCGAUUAUCCUACCAAUCAAUGCCAUACAAUCUAAGAUACUGACAGCACAGUAAAACUAACCACAAUGUGUUCAGGUUCUUGUGUGGAUGACAGUAAUCAAUCAAAAUGGCAUUAAAGCUGAACUUGAGGGAAGAUAAACAUAGGAAAUGCAUGCAACCAUUCAGUUCAGAAUCUUUCAUUGUUGUACCUAAAACCUAAUUACUGAAAUAUACAGAACUGUAAAACUACAAACAAAAAGAAAAAAACAAACUCUGUGGCUUCAGUCCGCAAGUAAACUAUAC